AUGGCGAAUACCACCUUCUUCAUCAGCUGGCAGCUCUGGCUCCAGCUCACCUUUUGCUUGGGCUCGGCUAUUUUCUUGGUCUUUCUGGCUGGUCUUGUCAAGCUUUUUUUCAAGAACAGGCUAGUGCGCAAGCAUACAGUGCUCGACGAGGAGAAGAGGGCACGACAGUCGGAGAUGCAGAGCACCGGCCUCCCUCUUCCCCGCAAAUUCGACAUUCCAUUCGGCGUACGAGCUAUUCAAAGUGGCGUAGAAGUCGACGGUAUUUGGAUCUCGCGGCCUAACACGCCUGCCGACUCUGAUGGUCCCAGCAAGACUCACUCGAUUCACACAGAGCCCAAAGGCAAGGAAAGGACACGCACAAGCCAGGCUACCCGACAGCCGACCAAGUCGUCUGUGGACCGCCCUGAGUCGGUACGCAGUAGCCCUCGCCUCAACUCUGCUUCUGGACAAGUGUCACCCACAGAGGUGCGAAUGCCUUCGACUGGCGCUCCGGCAACAUACAAGCCAAGACAGUCGACACGAUCAGGAUCGGGACGCGUGAGUGGUACCGAAGGCAAGGUGGAAGCGCUUGAUGAUCUCGAAGGGAGGCGUGCAGCGCUGCCGAAGCUGGACACCUACGUGCCAUCCACAUCAGCUGGACGUACUCCUCACAUCAGCUCGUUGUAUUCUCCGGCUCACGAUCGCCGGGACUCCAGCUCCUCGGACGAGAACCCCGGAAAACAGUUCACCAGGCCGUCGAGGAUACAAACCACUGACACCCCGUCACGGAAGCGUAGUCCCUUCGAGGACCCCGAAUCGGCUUCCCCCACCAUGGACUUCCUCGAGGAUGGAGGCUAUUUUGCUCCGAGUGCUAUGGCGCAGCGCAACCCUUUUAUCGCAUCGACUUACGAGCCGAGUCCACGCCCCGACAGGCAGAACCCUCCUUCGCGGCAGCGCCGGUCCAAUGAUGCUACCGAAUCUGCUCGUGGCAGACGCCCGUCACAAUCGGGAAGCGUCCAUGCCAACACACAAUCUAGGAGGGUGAACGCGGGCUUCGAGGUCUUGCCCGCUGGUACCUUCAGUCGGACGAACAGCGACAUGGAUCUCGAGGCUCAAGCACCACGGGGAUCUACCCGGUUGCAGAGGAAGACUCGAGAUUAA